AACACGAGUGGUCAUUGUUAGAUUUUUUACUAUUUCGACAACAAUGUAUUGAUUUCCAUAUUGAAAAAAUUGUAGAACAUAACCAAUAUGUUCGUAGCCUUGCAAAUAUUAUCAACUGGGAACAAGCAUCUUCAGGAUUGAUUAAACAGGCUAAUGAUGCACUUAGUAGAGUGCAACCUUUUGGAUGGGGUUGCGACUUAUUGGCCACCAACAUUCCUGAUUGCGAUUGGGGAUGCAUAAAUUGCGAUUCGGUGAUUCCUUCUGUGUUCAACUAUCCAACAUUUCUGCUAGCAUGGAUGGGUCUAAAAGGGCAAUAG